AUUGUUGACAAUUUAGAAAAUUUAGAAUUGAUGUCCAGAUAUUUGUUUUCUAUUGGUGCUAUACAUGCAAAUUUAGCUCGACGACAGGUGUCAAAGGAAAUCUGGAAUUUGAUGGCGGAAGCGUUUAUCGAUUGCACUUUAGAUUGGGGUGAUAAGAAAGGCCGAACGGAAGCUUCAAGAAAAGCAUGGGCUUUUAUAAUUGCAUUUGUUAUAGAGAAAAUUAAAGGAGGACAUUUAUAUGAAAGACGUCAAUUAGCCUAUCAUAGACGAUCAUCAAUGAUUACACCAUCUCAGACAACAGCGGCACUCAUUUCAUUACCAUCUUCCGCUCCAACGAAACGAUUUUGGAAAUCUGUGGAAGAAUCCAAUUCACAUGUUCAAAUGUUUUAA